AUGGCCAGCUCACAACCAAAGCCCUCGCCUCCAGCUCCAGUUGAAGAAGUCGACCCAGCUGUAUUGGCAGAACAAGCAGCUCGUACUGUCUUUGUUGGCAACUUGCCAUACACUGCAACUGAGGAUGAAUUGACUCACAUCUUCUCGGUCGCCGGAGCAGUAACUGAAGUCAAUCUUGUCAAACGUGGCACCAUGCCGCUUGGAUUUGCUUUUGUCCGCUUCGCCACUCCCGAUGAAGCUCACCAAGCAGUAGAGAGCUGUAAUAAAUCAGAUGUACAAGGCCGCCAAAUCAAUGUCGAAUUGUCUCGAUUGCGUCUACCUGGUGAAGAGAGGCCUCCAAGACGUGGUGGAUUCCGUGGUCGAGGUCGUGGUGGACGCUUCCGUGGUGGUCGAUCCAGAGGCCGUGGUGGUGCCAGCAGAGUUGAUGGCAAUGAAGAGCAUCAAGCUGCACCUCAAUAUGAUCAAGAUGAUCAAGGUGGUGCUGAUCUUGAAGACCCAUCUGCCAGAGGACGAGGACGUGGACGAGGGAGAGGACGUGGCCCUCGUCGAGGUCGUGGAGGACGACGAGGUGGUGGUGAAGCCGGUGGAGCUGAUGAAUAUGCUGCACCGGUUGAACCUCAAGCACCUGUAUCUGCACCACAACAAAGUGGAGCCCCUCGAGGCCGUGGUCCUCGAACCCGAGGUGCACCAUCAUCAGCUCCAGUAGCCAAUGCUUCUGCUCCAGCUGCUCGAGUUGACGAUGCUGAACAUGACGAACCAAGUCGAGGUCGCGGUCGUGGACGAGGUCGUGGAGGUCCAAGAAGGACUCCUCGAGGCAUCCCAGAAGGUCCAGAUUCUCAAACAAUCUUGUUUGUUGCCAACCUACCCUUCAAAGUCACUGAUGCAGACUUGAUGGGUAUCUUUGGUGAUUAUAACCCCGUCUCUGGUCAUGUUGUCACCAAUCCAUACAAUGGUCGAUCAAAAGGAUUUGGAUUUGUUGAAGUCAAGUCUCAUGCUGAUCAACAACGUGUAUUGGAUGAAUUGGUCAAUAUUGUAGUUGAAGAACGUACUCUGUCCAUCAAGGUCGCAAAGGAGCAACAACAACCCAGACCUCAAGAAACUGCAUGA